AUGAAGGAGAUCGCCGCGCCGAACGACUCCGACCCGACGCCGAGGAUUGAAAUGGUCUCGCACAGACCUUUAGACUGCAUCAAGCCGUUCUCGGGUGCCUGCAACAAGUGCGAAAACUCUAUUCAGUGGCUGCGUAUCAUCGUGUACGAGAUGACCGGAACGCACACUGAGGUGCCCCAAAGCUCUUCUCGGGAGACCAAUAAUCUCUCGGGUUGA